AUGGGCUCUACAACCACCACUACUGAGGAUAAAUCCAAGGCAGCUGCCUUUCGUAUAGGCCUUGGAGACAUCACACCCAACAACUUGGGUCAAUUAAAACGUUUGAACACAGUCCUGUUCCCAGUUGUUUACACUUCUAGCUUCUAUAAGGAAGUUCUCGAAGUGGGCGAGUUUGCAAAGAUUAUCUACUUCAAUGAUAUCUGUGUUGGCGGUGUAUGUUGUCGUAAGGAAAAUGUGCCUGGAUCGACGUCAUUGCAGAAUCUUUAUAUUGCAACCUUGGGCGUUUUAGCACCUUACCGUCGUCUUGGUCUAGGAUCAAAAUUACUGAAGCAUAUUCUUGAGAAUGCAAAGUUACCCUCAUCUUCAGGACCCAAGAUCGCUAAGGUGUAUUUGCACGUACAGACAAACAAUGAGGAGGCAGUAGAGUUUUAUAAGAAAUAUGGAUUUGAGGUUGUAGAGAAGUGUGAGAACUAUUACCCACAGUUCGAUGUCAAGGAUGCCUUCAAGUUGGAGAAGGUCCUGAUUGAGAAGAACUAG